CGGCCGAGGCGCUGCCGGCGGCGGAGGCCGCGCCGCCGACGGCCGAGGCCCCCGCGGCGGCGCCCGCGGCCGAGCUGCCCUCGAACGAGGGGCCCGCGGCGGCGCCGGUGGCGGAGCGGCCCGCGGCGGCCCCGGUGGAGCAGCAGGCGGCUCGGCCGAAGGCCGAGAAGCCGUCGGAGGCAAAGGGCUCCGCGGAGAAACGCAGGGAUCCAGAGAGCGGACGUGUGCUGACAUAUGCCCAGCUCGUUGCGAUGAACCAGGGCCGAUACAGUGAGGCCGAGAUCGAGCAGUGGUGGGCGCAGAAUUGCGUCCCCGUGGAGGCGACGCAGCCCGGGGCUGGCAGCAGAGGAGGGCCCCAGAAGAAGGGGAAAGCGAAGGCGAAGCCCAGGUCCUGAGCGCUCCGCGGGCAGGCAGGCAGGCAGCCAGCCCCCUCCACCUCCCUUCGGUAUGGUAGACACGCGUAUGGGAAUACGGUUUCAGGAAGGCCGCGGCAGGCACUCGCUCACGCGCCGUAGGCAGACGCUUCGCAUUGCUGGCGACGAUGCUCGAUGACAUGGCUCGAUGUCGCUUGCCAGAGGAGGGAACAAGCAUAAACAAAGGCUGUCGGAGGUCGCGCGGGAUUCUUGGAUCUGCGUCGGGCCCUCCCUUGCGCGCCGCUGGCGCUGCCGCUGGCGCGCCCCGCGCGCCAGGGAGGGCGGUCGAGCGCCGACCCGAAAAAUCCGCGCGAAAUUCCGAAAGCUCAUGCUUGUUCUGGUUUCUUCCUUUCGUUUGCCUAGGUCAGCUUGCCCAGACCGCCGACGUCGCGGUGUGUUCAGUACCAGCGGCUUCCCCCCGAACGCCGGCCAGCGGGGGCCGCCUCGAAGCCCAUCUGGCCGCCGUCAGUUAGGUCAGCGGAGUGCGGCUGCGAGCAACGCAGGAGACGACACUCUCCUGAUGCAACGCGCGGAAGGGCACGGAGCUCCCUGCAGCGCACGGUUCCCGUCAGGGGCGUGCCGAGAUGCGUGGAGGCCUUCCUGUUGCGGGCGCGUCCUCGCGCUGGUGCAGCGGGCGGAGUUUCCCCACACGGCACGGUCUGCGGGAGUGGACGUGCCGGACGGGGCGGGGGCCCGCACGGGUACGCCCUCGCGGGUGCCGCAGAUGGAGCUUGCCGUCGCGCACGAGCCGCGUGAGGGGUGUGUACCCGAAGAGGAGGAGG